CCCGCUCGGCUGCGCGGCGCUCCGGGCAGGUAGAGCCGGGCUCCGGGCGCGCGGGGGCCGCAGCAGCUGCCGCCCCACCUCUCUUCGGCCCUGCGCACAGCCUCGCGCGCCCAUGGCCGGCUCGGAGCAGCAGCGGCCGCGGCGGCAGGACGACAGAGACUCGGCCGCGGCGGCGGCGGCGGCGCCCCUGCAGGACGCGGAGCUGGCCCUGGCCGGCAUAAACAUGCUGCUCAACAACGGCUUCAGGGAGUCGGACCAGCUUUUCAAACAAUACAGAAAUCAUAGCCCAUUGAUGAGUUUUGGAGCCAGCUUCGUCAGUUUUUUGAAUGCCAUGAUGACAUUUGAAGAAGAAAAAAUGCAGUUGGCAUGUGAUGACUUAAAAACUACAGAAAAGCUGUGUGAAAGUGAAGAGGCUGGAGUAAUUGAAACCAUCAAGAAUAAAAUUAAGAAGAAUGUCGAUGUCCGAAAAUCCGCCCCCUCCAUGGUUGAUCGGCUUCAGAGGCAGAUAAUCAUAGCUGACUGUCAGGUUUACCUGGCUGUGCUCUCAUUUGUAAAACAAGAAUUGUCAGCCUAUAUAAAAGGUGGGUGGAUCCUUAGGAAAGCCUGGAAGAUUUACAAUAAAUGCUAUCUGGACAUCAAUGCCCUCCAGGAGCUGUAUCAGAAGAAGCUAACUGAAGAGCCCUUGACUUCUGAUGCUGCAAAUGAUAAUCACAUUGUGGCUGAAGGGGUGUCUGAGGAGUCUCUAAACAGACUGAAAGGUGCUGUUAGCUUUGGAUAUGGCCUUUUUCACCUUUGCAUAUCCAUGGUGCCCCCCAACCUGCUCAAAAUCAUCAACCUGCUGGGUUUUCCUGGAGACCGCCUGCAAGGGCUUUCUUCACUGAUGUAUGCAAGCGAAAGUAAGGACAUGAAGGCCCCUUUAGCUACAUUAGCUCUGCUCUGGUAUCAUACUGUGGUCCGCCCAUUUUUUGCCUUGGAUGGCAGUGAUAACAAAGCAGGCCUGGAUGAAGCGAAGGAAAUUCUUCUCAAAAAAGAAGCUGCUUAUCCAAAUUCUUCCCUCUUCAUGUUUUUCAAGGGACGUAUACAACGAUUAGAGUGUCAAAUCAACAGUGCCUUGACUUCUUUCCAUACUGCUUUGGAACUUGCGAUAGAUCAGAGAGAGAUCCAGCAUGUCUGUCUGUAUGAAAUCGGUUGGUGCAGCAUGAUAGAGCUGAAUUUCAAGGAUGCAUUUGAUUCCUUUGAGAGGCUGAAAAAUGAGUCCAGGUGGUCCCAGUGCUAUUACGCCUAUUUAACUGCAGUUUGUCAGGGAGCCACCGGUGACGUGGAUGGGGCGCAGAUAGUGUUUAAAGAAGUUCAGAAGCUCUUCAAAAGGAAAAACAAUCAGAUUGAACAAUUCUCAGUGAAAAAGGCAGAGAGGUUUCGGAAAGUAGCUCCCACCAGAGCGUUGUGUGUACUGGCCUCCAUCGAAGUGUUAUACCUGUGGAAAGCCCUCCCCAACUGCUCCUUCCCCAACCUGCAGAGGAUGAGUCAAGCUUGCCAUGAAGUGGAUGAUUCAUCUGUUGUUGGAUUAAAGUAUUUGCUUCUUGGUGCCAUACACAAAUGUCUGGGAAACUCAGAAGAUGCUGUUCAGUUCUUUCAGCGCGCUGUUAAAGAUGAGUUGUGUCGUCAGAAUAACUUAUACGUCCAGCCAUAUGCUUGCUAUGAACUUGGCUGUCUUCUGUUAGACAAACCGGAGACUGUAGCAAGAGGCAGAACUCUACUUCUUCAAGCAAAGGAGGAUUUCUCUGGCUACGACUUUGAAAACAGAUUGCAUGUCCGCAUCCAUGCUGCUCUGGCCUCCCUGAGGGAACUGGUUCCUCAGUGAUAGACUCGGACUUCCUGUUCUGUCCCUCCCUACCAGGUUCUGCACUUUAAAAUGAAAGCAGAGGACACAGCUCUUCUGGAAGCCCGAAGACCGGCUUUUCUUCUGAAAACCACCUGUGCCAGGGACACAUUUUCCCAGUUAGGCUGACAUAUUAAAGAUCUCCUCUUUUAAACGUAUAGCUAAAAAGUAAUAAUAAUGAGGAUACUAGUAAUUAUAACUAACCACCUGGGGAGAGGGUUAAGUGACCUUGUUCAAACAUUUUAGUUUUGUGAUUUAUUAUUUUUAAAAUAAAAGCAAACUAAAUAUUCCACCUGUGAUCUUCUAGGAACGCCUACCUUAAGCACACAUCCGACUGCAUAUAACACUAGGAGGCACCUGUAAAAUUAUCAACAGUAUUAUGACAUAGCAUUUAUAUUGUGUUUUGAAAAAAAAUAAAAGUGCUUUCUAGUGUUUUAUUUUAUCCUCUAACUUGUGAAUAACAUAGCACAGAUAUUCUUAUUCCCGUUGUCUAGACAAACUCAGGCACAAAAAGGCUAAUUGAUCCCAAUCAAUUAUUCCUGUUAUCAGUGGAGCAGUGAAUAGAACACAGAUCUCUUGACCACAGACAGAAUAUUCUUGUAAAACAAAAUGUGUUAAUAACCCAGAAUUUCAUGUUUUCCUUAUUAAAACACAAAUGCGCUUCA